GCAUCUAAAUUCAGUCGUACUGUUCAGUACUGUCAGUAGUCUCAGUUGGUCUCAGUCAGUCUCAGUACAGAAACCACAUCAUACAGAGAUAGAGUAUAGAGAGGUUCAGUCUUUAAUGCGCAAUCGCUUAAAAACCAACUUUUAUUUUAUCAUUUUUAUUUCAUAAAUAUCUAAAUAUAUAAAUAUUUAAUUACAUUUUAUUAAUUCUUCAUUAAGUGCUAUAUAAAUAUUUCUUUAAAACAAUUUUUUUUUUUUUUUUUUUGUGAUAAUUUUUUUUUUUUAUUUUUUUCAUUUUUUUUUCUUUUUAAUUUAAAAAAUUUGAAAAUGAAUUCAAUUUUAAGAUUAUAUAUCCUUAUGGGAUCAUUUCUAAUAACUUACGUCAUCAGUAUUCAAGUAGAGCAUACUUUUGAAACAGUACACACAAGUAAUGCUGCAGUAUUAAAUCGUUUAGGAUUAACACCAAUUGAAAUACCCGAAGGACAUUACAAGAAACGUGUAUCUGGACCAGAACCUCAAGCAUUAUCAUCAUCAUUAAGUUAUUCGAGUGCACAAUCACGAAUCCAUCAACCGUAUAGCAGACGUCAUGGUCAUCAUGAUAGUCACAUAUACGUGGUAAAAUUACCAGCAAGUCCACCGUAUUAUACAGUCACGAGACCCUUAAAAUCGAUGAAUAAAGAUAAUAAUAAUAAUAAUAAUAAUAAUAAUAAUAUCCCAAGCAAAAGUAGUACUGACAAGGGAAUUUUUGACGGUGGUAUUGAUGACUCAAGUGUAAUAAAUCAAACACCUUUAGUUGGAUUUAACAGUAAUGGUAAACCAGCUAAAAUUUAUCACUGGAAUCUUCAAUUAAUGAAAAAACUAUCUGAAAAAAAACGUUUACAUGAACAAUUUAAAAUGGAUCAAUUAAGAAAAAAAUUUAAAGAAAAUAGAAAUAAUAUUAUUAAAAAUCAAGAUUAUAAAAAAAAUAUAAAUUCAUUAUUAAUAACUACAACAUCUGAUAUUGAUGAUGAAUUUAAUAAAAUAUUUAAUGUUAACGUGAAAAAUAAUAAUUAUAAUAAAUACAAUGGUUUAGUUAAUGACAAUAAAAAUAUAAUUUUUCAAAAUCAAACAAGAAAUAAUGAUAAAUUAUUAAAUUAUUAUUCAGAAAAUAUUCAACAAUCGAACAAAUUCUAUGGAAUUUCUAAUAAAUUCAAUAAUCAAAAUAGUACAAGAAAAAUGUAUCGAUUUGAAGAUAAUUAUAAUGUAAAAUCACGUCCAAAUAGAUUAGCUAAUGAUUUAAAUAAUAAUAAUAAUAAUAAACAAUACCGAAUUAAAGCAGCAGUGACGUAUUAUGCACCAAUGAUUACAAAAAAAAUAACUGGAUUGUCGAUCAAUAAUGACAUACACAAAAAUUUUCCUGGUAACGGAAAACCAAAAGCUUUUUAUGUAAUGGAAAAGAGUCGCCGCAAGCCAAUUUACUAUCAUUCUUUAUUGUCAUAAUUUUUCUAAUAUUUAAUUUGUUUUAAAAAAAAUAUCUUAUUAAAUAAUAAUAAUAAUAAUAAUAAUAAUAAUAAUAAUAAUAAUAAUAAUAAUAAUAAUAAUAAUAAUAAUAAUAAUAAUAAUAACAAUAAUAAUAAUAAUAAUAAUAAUAAUAAUCAUCAAUGGAUCUACAAUAAAUGUAAGCAAUGAUGACUUAUGUAGAAAAUGAAAAUUUUUUCAUUUUAUUUUUAACUGACAAUUAAAAUUAUUCAAUAGUUGAUAUACUGAUUUCCCGAAUAGACUGAGAGAAAAAGAGACUUUUACACUCUUUUAUAUAAAUUAUUAAUCAUUUUGUAUACUGUAAAAAAAUAAUAAACUAAAGGAUAAUUAAAUGCGGAGGAGUGAAUACGGAGCGAUUAUUUAUUUAUUUAUUUACGUAAUCCUUUCAGAGUAACGUGAUUACUUCAAGAGACUGAAAUAAUUUGAUUUUUGUAUCAUUGUUAAAAAAUUUUUUUAAAAACCCGGAUUACAAUAAAUAUUUAUAUUAAUAUUUACUUCAAUAAAUUAUGUAUUUAUGAUUUUGAAUUAAUAGUUUUAUUAUUAUAUAUAAAUUUAUUAUAACAUUAAAACUCCAGACUUCGGAGUAUACAAUAAUAACAGAGUGAAUUCUGAUUAAAAACUUACUCCAUAUUCACCCUCAAUUUUUACACUCUAUAUUAUUGUUAAAUUGUUUUUUUAUAAUUAUGAUAUACAUAUAUAUUUCAUGGCUUUAAUUAUUUUGAUUUAAAAAUAAGUAGAAUUUAAGAUGAAUUUUGCUUUUAAAUAUCUUAAG